AAAGAAAAUCAAAGUCAUCAGUACAAUGCUGAAUUCAGCUUCAGUUAACUAGAUAUUAUUUGAAAGGCGUACAUUGACUUACAAUAUAAUCAAUUGAUAAAUCAUGCAAAGGUUAAUAAAAACAAUUUUGUAAAAUUUUUAAUUAAAUGAAAUAAAGUGAGACUUCUGCAGCAAUCUAUACAUAAUAAUACGUGUACGUAGAUUGUAAUUGACGUUGUUGAAAAAUGUAUAAAAUCGUUUUCAUACAUAUUUUUGUGAAAGGUAAGAAGAGCCUUUCUACGUCUUAUAAGAUACCUUUUCCGGCAAUGUCGACGAUGCUCUACUAUUAUUUAAAAAAUUGGAUUAACCAUCUAUGGUUGAAUUUGAUUUUAUAAACGCGACUGAUACUUAUUCAUUCUUAUUGUGUACAUCAUUCUUUAAUACAAUGCACUUAAAUUGGCCAUUGUAGGGCUUGUAAAUUCCAUAUUGUACUAUGAAUAAAUAAAUAAUUUACUUGCCUUUCACAAAUUCUCUAAAAAACAAUCCUAACGGAAAGUGUCAGCAAUUUUGGUUACAUUAGUUUUGACAAUUUUGAGUCCGGCUCAAGCAUCUCUUGUGAAUACAUAAAGCUAAAAAAUCGAACUCGAACGCGAAACCUAGUUAAUGUCAUGCACUGCUUACUAUCUAUCACGCAGCUGAUGUUUUUCAUAUGUGAUAACAUCCGGGGUUCAUUUGCUGAAUUGAAGGAGAAAAACCGAAGAUGUGUUUUUCAUACAACUAUUUGCGUGACAAAUAUAUGCCAACUAACUAAACUGUUUGGCUAAAAGUUGAAAAAAACGGGACGUGCUUCACCGAACAAACAGAAGGGUUAGUUAAAAGAGUGAAGCGAACGCUUUACAUGAAUUGGAACCAGUGAACAGCAUGCACGAAUCGAGCGCACGAAAGAAAGCGAGAUUUUGGGCGAACAAGAUGAAGAACUCAGUAGACCACAACUGGAAAACAUGAAACUUAAGCUAUUGCCUUUAUUUUAGCUUUAUUAGAAAGCGUAAAGGUCAGUGAUUGAGUUGCAAAUCAUUGUAAUUAUGUCCAAAAAAUGUUAUCUUUCAAACUUUGGAAGCUAAAAAAUAAUGCGCAAUAACCCCGAUUGCUUCUAACUUCUUAACUGAUUCUACAUCUUCGUUUAGUGCUGUUGCCAUACCUACGAAAAUAGAUGAAUUUCUAUUAGCGAUCAUUUAAUUUAUUUGUUUACGAAUGCUAUUGCUUCAGCUUUCCGCAUUUGGUUGCUACUACAGCUGUUAUAACGCCCGUUAGCUCAAAUGCCGCAAAGUUCUGUCAUUAGUGUAAUAGUGCUAUGUCAUCAUCCACAACUUUCAAAGUUGAUCCAGGAUCUAUCAAAUCUCCGUGCGAUAUAGUACAAGAGAUUAUAAACGAUACCACCUCCAGCCUAUUGAUUAAUAAGCUAGAAACUGCCGGUGCUGGUCUUAUAAAUGCUUUCUUAAAAAAGUACUUGAAACUCGUAUAAAUUUUAAAUUGCUUUUAGAUCUUUUGUUGUUAGUGCUUUGACAAUACCGUAUGGAUAGGUUUUAAACCGCCUCAAGUAAAGCGCCACCAUUAGACUUAGUAGAGUUUUUUCCUCCGAACAUCGCCAAACAUAUGCAUGUGAAACAUUGCAAAUCUACCAUAAUUGGUGAAUCAAUUUGAAGUUAGUUGGGAUUUUUUGGCCAUGAUGGUUUGCGGAUCAAUCACUUAGAAGACUGGCGAACUCAGUUGGGAAUGUUCAUUACUCAUCUAGAAGAACGAUUUCCUAAUUUGCUGAAUGAAAGUCCAGCCAUAGUGUAUUUGCAGGCGUUUUACAAAGCAUCCAAGAAACGAGGGGCUCGUUUGUAUCAUCUUUCGAAAAUUUUCCGUAAGAACGUUUUCGGAAAUUUUUUUAGAUUCGACAAAGAUUAAGAAUUUAAAAAGCAUGCUUAUAAUCGAGUCGUGGAGCUACAGAAUGGGGAGACAAAUUCUACUAAGGCUUGAAAAUUCAUCUUCGAUCUUUGUCGAAAAGAAUUCCAAAAAAAUUUACGAACGGUUGGAUGUAAAACUUUAUGGAAAAGAUGAAGGCCGAAGUUGGUAGAAAGCUUAAAACUAGAUCCGGCGAUACGAUAGAGUUAACAGAUUUACUUGACGAAGGAUUGAAACGGUCCUUAGCUGAGCUCAUGGAAAAGGAACGCGACAAAGUUUUGACACCCGAAGAACUAAGAGCUGCCCAAGAAUCGAUGGCUUAUGGUUGCAUUAAAUGUGCCGAUUUAAGUCAUACUCUCCUCAACGAUUAUGUAUUCUCCUUUGAUAAAAUGUUGGAAGAUCGCGGCAAUAUAGCCGUUUACCUGUUAUAUGCUUGCAGUUGCCUGUGCUCUAUUACACGUAAUGGCGGUAAAGAUUUCUCCCAACUCAAUAACGUGCUCGAGACGGUUAAAAUUAAAUUGGGCUAUGAAAUAGAAUCAAAACUGGCGAAGACUUUAUUAAGACUUCAAGAGAUUAAGACUUUGUUGAAAAUCUCGAAAGGCCUAUUGUUACAUUUAUUAUACGAAUAUUGUUACAAAGUUUGUACGACAUUAUCAGAAUUCUACGACGAUUGCCAUUGCAUUGCGAAGAACGAAUAUGGUGUAAUAAUCAAGGUGAAAUGUAGCCGUAUUUUAUUAAGCGAAGGUACUGCAUUGAUACUAAAAGAAUGUUCAUAUAUUUUGGGAUUAGAACCAGCGGAAGAAAUCUAAAAUAUCAAAUCGUAAUAAAAAAAGCGCCACAUAUUGUGGUCUAAUAAAAGGUAGGAAAAAUUAAGAUUUCCCUAAUUAAAAACUACAUUUGUGGGUUAAGGAUCAAAAAGUACAUUUCUUAAGAAAGAAAAGAUAAUAUUAAAUACCGAUUGAAGCUUGUUUUGACUUAAGACAGCCUUAAAUGUGAAAUAUACCGCAAUCAAUCUUAAAAAAAAAAGGCGAAAAAGUGUACAUACAGCGAAAACACAUCGCUUGAAGGUUCGAAAAAAAGCGUCUUCAGUUAGUGGUACUUAAUUUUUGUACUCGUUUUCGUACCUUUAAAUAAUAAUUUUUCAUUGAGUUCUUCUAUUAAUUUUACAUUCAAAUACUUUUCCUUGAAAUGUCACAAAAUAUUCAGAAAACCAAAAAAGUUUCGCGAGGUGUUAGAAAAGUGAUUAGAAGGUAAGAAAGUUAAGAAGUGGGGAAAAAUUGGACAGAAAUAGCAAAUUCAACUGCAAUGAUUCAGCUAUUAUACAAAAUACAGGCCAAU